CAGUACUCUCAGACCACAAACUCCCAGACUUCUAAUUGGAGUGACUGUAGUGAGCUUGCACUGGAGAAAGUAAACAUGGUAAUGGAAUCAAUCAAUGUGAGCCCCUUACGUUCCACACUACAAAAAGAAAUUACAGAUUUAAAAGAUUCAACAAUCAGAUAUUACAAGCGGAAAGCACAUGAAUCUAUUGAUUCAUUGUUGGAUUUUAUGGCUCCAAAACAAGGACAUUUACUUAAAGAUGAAGUUUUAACUAAAAACAGGGACACAUCUUUACCAACAGAGAGUGCUAUGAUAGAAGAUCUUUCAAAACUCUACAUGGAAACAGUGGACAACUCCUUAAAAAUGCAAAUUCUAUCUGUAAUCACCAAUAGACUUACCAAGGCAGAACUUCAAACAGCAAUACCAGGUAUAACCAUUUAUCGUAUAGACCAGGCACGACUUCAUUUCAAUACCUCUACAAAUUUGGGUCUUCAAGUCAAAAAUAAAAUAAAAGUACCACAUCAAAGAAUGGAUGACAGCAAGCUUGAACAUGCCAUAAGUUGUUUUUUUGACACUUCAUUUAUGCAGCUAGUAUCCUAUGGUACAAGAGAUUUAAAAAUGGAUUCAGGGGAAAAUAUAACUAUACCAGAUGUAAUCAGAACAACAAAUCACUCCAAAAUUAUAGACCUGUACUUUUCAUACUGCACAGAAUCAAAUUUUGAACCACUAUCUAAAUCAACUUUAUUUAAAAUUCUAAAUACUUGUGCUGCUACUAAACGCACCAAUUUACACGGAUUAGACAAUAUUGCAGAUGAGGGAAUUGAAGGUUUUGAAUCACUUAAAGAAAUUACAAAACACAUUUAUGAAAGAUCCAUUCUAUCAACUGAAGAACACGAACAGAUACAAAAAAAUAUCACAUCAGCAAAACUUUACUUCAAAACCGAUUAUAAACUUCAUCUGGAAAAAGACUGCCUGUGUGCUGACCAUUGUCUUCAAUGGCUUUUGAGUGACCCUGAAAACUGUCAAUUUCAAAGUCCCUGUGAGCACAUUCAUACAUUAGUGUGUGAUAGGUGUGAAAUGUUACAUGGCAUAGAGGAUGAUGUGUUCAAAUGUAUUGGUAAGAUGGGAGAUGAUGACUUCAAAGAGGAUACCACCAAAAACUUCCAGGAUGCAUUACAGAAAAUCAACGACUGGAAAGCACAUAUUGCUAGAAAUGUGAAUCAAGACCUUUUUAGAACUCAAAAGCUAGAUAAUUUAAAGCGAUUUGAGGGAGUUUUAGUGAUGGACUGGGCAAUGAAGUUUCUACCAAUGAGAUACAGAGAGAAACAAACAGAUUGGUUUGGCCAAAGGGGAAAACAUUGGCAUGUCAGCGUCUGCAUUUAUAGAUGAAAGUGGUGAAAUUGGGCAUAGGACAUUUACUCAUGUUCUUGAGAAUGUUAAACAAGAUUGGUUUGCAGUGGCAUCACUGUUGGAACAUGUGCUGCAAACAGUUAAAAUCCAACUACCUCAGGUGACAGAUAUGUUUCUUCGUUCUGAUAAUGCGGGCUGUUACCAUUGUGGACAUUUGUGGAUUGCUAUUCCUCAAAUUAGCAAUA